AUGGAAGUAACUUACGUACAAACUAUGGAAGAUAAAACGUUACAUGGAUCAAACGAAAUAUAUAACAUUGAAACUGAAGACGAAUGUCUUGACGGAGAAAACAAAAUGAAAGAAGACGAGAAAGUAGACGCAACAAAAAUACACGAAGAGGAUACAGUGUCUGAAGUGAACGCACAAGCUGUUGAUGACAAUAUUCUACUUUGUAAUCCAUGUUUGUAUGAUGACACGGAGGAGGGGGCUGUCGGGUUCUGUGUAAAUUGUGUUGAAUAUUUAUGCCAAGGAUGCUGCCGAGAUCAUAAGAAAAGUAAAGUCACUAGACACCAUAAAAUUAUACGGGACAACUUACCGAAGGACGCAUCAAUAUUUAGAUUGGUGAAGGAAAUGACAUCAUGUUCCGAUCACCCAGAUGUGCAGGUAUCCCAUAAAUGUGAAGAUCAUAAUGCAUACGUUUGUGUUAUGUGUAUUGCAGGGGGUCACCGAAAAUGCGAACAUGUGACUGAACUACAAAACGAACGUAAUAACAGUGACAUCGGUAUGAUGGAAGCCGCUGAAAAAAUAAGUGAGAUUCAAGAAAAGUCGAAAUUGGUUGCAAAAUCUCGUAAAGAAAAUAUUGAAACGUUGAUCAAGGAAAAAAACAAAAUACAGGAAACGAAUGCUGCCCUUCUCCAGCAAGUCUAUGACAACCUAUCAUUACUCGAACAGGAUGCUAUAAUUAUGUCCGAGAAUGUUACACAGUCAGAGCUGUCGUACCUAAGAAAGGAGAUUGAUAUUUGUAAAGAUUUAGAAAAACAGGGAUUUGUGUUUGGCCAACUUUUGGAUACAGCAAAACAGCACUAUGGCAGUACAGAAUUCGAAAUAAUUACGAAAGGUAUACAGGAGAAAAUAUCCGGUAUUGACCGUGUCUUGGAAAAACAGCAACAAAAUGGUGAAAUCCAUUUGAAAUUUAAACAGAAUCCGUUAUUUAAUAGAAUUCAGACACUUGGUCACCUGAAAGUAUGUCGAGGAGAUACUGAAAACAAAACUCAAGAUAUUGAAGGUUCAAGCGAUGAAAUUGUUGAACAAGAUGAUCUACCGUUAACAUUUUCAGAGAAGAAAGUGGCAGGGAAAGAAGGUGAGAUGAGGGAAAAGCAGCCGACGAAAGGAGAACAUAAAUCUCGCAAAAGAAAUAAAAAGGGUAAAAAGUACUCGGUAAGGUUCUCUGGAGACGUGAACGUUUGCUGCAUUAGUGGAAUAAUUAUCCUUCAAGAUGGAAGAGUCGUGGCUACAGACCAAGAAAACAGAAAGAUAAAGGUCUUCAGUUCAGGUGAUUGUAAACAAAUCUGCGCUCAUUCCCUUGAGGCCAAACCAGCUGAUAUAUGCAAGACUGGUCCUAAAAACUUCGCUGUCGUGUAUAAAGAUACGAAAUUAAUUGAUAGGUUUACUGUUGAUGGUAAGACGCUGAAGCUUGAACGGAGUUGGAAAACAAAGUAUCUUAAUAUUGGUAUUACUAUGGAUCGCGAACUUUACGUGGUCCUAUGCAGGGUAGACGGCAACAAUGGCGACGGCAUUAGCAUACAGGUUAGAAGAGACACCGACUGUAAGGUUCUUCUAGAAGCAAGCGUAUCCGAAGGAGAUGAAGGGAAAAUUGAUAGUGAUGAAUGCAGCAUUUGUUCUAUCGAAGGCGAUAUUAUAAUCGCAAGUAAAACUCUUGGAAUCAGUAUAUUUCGCAGGAAUAACGUUGAAAGUCUAGAGACCAUACGUACAUUAAAUGCUUACGAUGAUACCUCCCUUAACCUUACUGGACUCGCUGUUGACAAGGACGCUGAUUUAUACGUCUGUUCGUCAUCAUCUAGAUCCGUGUAUCAAAUUUCUGCCAAAGAAUAUAAACUAAUGAAGCCUGUUGCCUCUGGAAUCGAUGGACCUACGGCUGUCACUGUUAGCAACAAGAAAGACCGAAUUAUUGUUGGAUGUCAAAAUGACAACUACUUACAUGUUUUUAACAUGAAACAAUGA